AUGAAGAUAGACCAGAUAUUGUUGACUGUAUGUGUAGUGUUCACAGUUAUCCCGCUGUCCUCUGCAGCGCUUCCACUUAUAGCCUAUGCAGCACCCGCCAUUUUCGGAUUAGGAAUGCUCGGCGGAUUCGGCGAUAAACUCGGACUUGGAGGGUUAUUUGGUCGUAAGAAGAAGGAACCGUCAUACAGUCCUCUAUUUGGCGGAUCUUUUGGUGGUAUCAACGCCAAUGACAUGUCAAUGAUGUUCAUGUCAGGAUUUCCACCGACAGGGGGCGCUGGCGGGAUGCAAGGAGGGUUUGGUGGAAUGCCAGGAGCUCCUGAUAUGGGGGGAGGUAUGGGAGUAGGGGGAGGCAUGGGAUUUGGUAGUCCAAAUAUGGCCGGAGGAUUUGGACAGCAGUCGAUGAGUCAAGGGCAAUCCAAUUUUGGCAGGAGGCGUCGGCGACGCGCCAUUAGGUUGUGA